AUGGCCUUUAAUCAGAAAGUCAUUUCACCUCGGACUAUUCUUCCUGCAGAAGCUAGAGUUGCAGAUCUUAUUGACACGUCUUCCUUUCAGCCGAGAUGGAAAGGGACCUUGAUUGAUUCUGUUUUCUAUCCCUUUGAAGUUGACAUCAUUAAAUCUAUCCCCUUAAAUUUCAGAUUGCCUCCUGACUCACUGAUUUGGACAAAAAAUAAGGCUGGAAACUUCACAGUUCGUAGUGCUUAUUUUCUUCAAAAGGAGUUGGAGAAUGCUUCCUAUGGCAACUUGGCAUCUUCUUCACAUUCAGGUCGUAGGCAUUCUUUUUGGAAUAUCAUCCGGUCUUCCUUGAUUCCUCCGAAGAUCAAAUCCUUCAUUUGGAGAGCUUGUACUGACAGUAUUCCUCUUCGUACCAAGCUUUUUGAUAAACGUAUAUCCAGCUCUUACUCCUGUGUGCUUUGCUCAGAUGCAGCGGAAUCAUCGCUUUGGAUGAUAUGGAACUGUCGAAACAAAUUCAUCUUUGAAAACAAAACUCCCUGUUCAGAUGGUUUUUGGUCUGGAGCUUCGGUGUAUGUGAUGGAGUUAAUGGAGGUUAAUAAGAAUGGAUUAACGGUACCGACAGCACCUGACAGGAAAUGGUCUCCUCCUCUUUCAGAUUCAGUUUUCAAAUUAAACCUUACUCUCUCACAGUCUCGGUCUAAAGCUUCAGUUGGUGUGGGUUUUCUAAUUCGUAAUUCAGAAAGGGAAGUUUUGGCAGCAUCUUGUGAGCGUGUCAGGAAGGAGCUGUACUCACUGUGGACAGCAGCUGCUGUCAUGCGUAAGGCCCUUGUGUUUUGUCAAAACAGUUGCUUUUCCAAGGUCAUUGUUGAGAGUGAUUUUGCUGAGCCGGUGGACUUCAUUAAUUCAGAUAGGAUCUGCACUCUAGAAGUGGCUUGGAUUUUGGAGGAUGUUAAGCUCAUAUGUAAACAAUUUGUUAGUAUUUCCUUUGUUUCUGUUCCUUUAAAAUAUAACCGUGCUGCUUUAGCUCUAGCUAGUGCUGCAAAAAAAAAUGAGAAGACUAUUAUUUGGUUAGAAAAAUGCCCCUCCUUUCUCUUUUCCAUUGUACAGCGUGAUAUUAAUUGA